AGGAUUUACGGUCGAUGUCCGAGAAAUCGAACAAGGAACGGAAGUGCAGCAUGAGAGAGAAGAGACAUGUUUCGUGUAUGAAGUUAGUUCGGCUCAUGUUCAGUUAUAUUCCCUUUAACGGAAGACAUUAAUCGGCAAAGCAUCCUCCUCUGCGAUACCCGGAUAUCAGACUGUCCUCCCGGACUAACCCGUCACUUUCUCUGCGAGCAGGAACAACUCAGCCAGGAUGGAUCCAGCUCUACUGAGGGAGCGGGAGCAGUUCAAGAAAAGAGCUCUGUCCAAUCCGGCUGUAGAGAAGAGACAGGCUGCCUCCGACUCGCACAAGAGGAAGAAGCCCAAAGUUGAGAAGGAGGGCUCCUCCGGGACCAAACACGGCGCUGAGUCUAGUAAUGGCAGCUUUAACAUCAAGACGAGCUCUGGGUACAAGUUUGGCUGCCUUGCCAAGAUAGUCAAUUACAUGAAGACGAGGCAUCAGAAUGGCGACACGCACUGCCUGACCCUGGAGGAGAUUCUCGACGAGACCAAACUUCUCGACAUCGGCAUGAAACAAAAGCAUUGGCUCAUGACUGAGGCCUUGGUCAACAAUCCCAAAAUCGACGUGCGCGACGGGACGUACGGAUUCAAGCCCAAGUACAACCUGAAGGACAAGAAGGCCUUACUGAGGCUGCUGGACAAACACGACCAGCUGGGCCUCGGAGGGGUGCUGCUGGACGACGUGGAGGAGGGGCUGCCCAAUUCAGCCAAGGCCAUCAAGGCUUUGGGCGAUCAGAUCAUCUUUGUGACAAAACCAGAUAAGAAGAAGAUCCUCUUCUACAACGACAAGCAUUGCCAGUUCACAGUGGACGAAGAGUUCCAGAAACUAUGGAGGAGUGUUCCAGUGGAUUCCAUCGACGAAGAGAAGAUCGACGAGUACCUGAAGAAACAAGGCAUCUCCUCCAUGCAAGAAACCGGACCAAAGAAAGUGUUGCCGGUUCAGAAGCGGAAGAACAAAGGCGGGCAGAGGAAGAGACACUUCAAGACCCACAACAACCAUCUGGCCGGCGUCCUGGAGGACUAUUCGGAAGGCGUUCCAGCAAAGAAGUGAGGCGGAGCCCCCGACCACCCGCCAGCUCACAGGAGAUUUUCAUGGCAGGCUGUUAGGGUCGUUUUCCUUUCUCAGCGCCCGGUGGCGGUGCUUUACAGAAGUGAACCCAAGCCGUGUUGUGCAAUCCUUUUUUUUUUAGUUUGUUUAUUGUGACAUUUAGAGGAGAUGAGUACCGAGACCAUUUAACCAAACCCACCAUCCUUACGAAGGGGGCGGACGGGGCGUGUCGCCACAACUGCAACCCCAGUUAAAAUUCAGAUGAGGUUUCUUCAUUUUAUUUAAUGCAAAGGUUUGUGUGGAAGCUUUUAUUUUGACGGGCUGCAGUCAUCUGGUGGAAGCCUCCUCUCGCUUUAAUGGCCGCCGCAGCAGAUGUGUCGCUCAAGUUGUGCAGCGCAUCACAUCAAGCUCUCUCGUCCAGUGGGAACCAUCCCGCUUCUGGUGGACUUUAAUUCACUUUGCAGAAGGUGUUUAAAAUAUUGCAACUUUUUUUGAACUUAUUUUAAUAAAUGACAGUGUUACAAGAUACGUCUUUGCUUGAUCGAGACGCACAUC